CCCGCUUCGACAGAUGAGUUCGUUCGGUUUGGUUUGGAUUGUGUUCGUCUUCAUAACUAAAAUUAUUGUUUUUUAGUGACAAAAACGAGAAAAAUCCGAGGAAAUUGUUGCAUUUUGAUAAUCUAUCGAUUUGCGAUGCGUGUUUGUGAUGCACUUCGAAGGUGGUUUAAGUGAUAGCCGAGAAAUACGCGAUCGCGUCGGAUUUUGAGGUUAGGAAUUGAUUUCAAUUGUUUUGGUUUGUAAUUUUGUAGAAAUAUGGCGUUUUUUGUAUCGUUUGGACAAACAAAAGGACUUUUCGUGAACUAUUAGUGACUCAUAAGGAUUUUUACUUUUGGAAAACAUGUAUCCGGCACCUACAAGACAUCCCUCUAGUGCGGGUCCACCACCUCAAGGUGGUCAAAUAAAAUUCACGAUAGCGGAUACUCUAGAAAGGAUUAAAGAAGAAUUUAAUUUUUUGCAAGCCCAAUAUCAUACGUUAAAACUAGAAUGCGAGAAAUUAGCUAGUGAAAAGACUGAAAUGCAACGGCACUACGUCAUGUACUACGAAAUGUCAUAUGGCCUUAAUGUGGAAAUGCACAAACAGACUGAAAUAGCAAAACGCUUAAACGCAAUCAUCGCCCAAGUGCUGCCCUUCCUCGCCCAAGAACAUCAACAACAAGUAGCCACAGCUGUCGAAAGGGCCAAACAAGUCACGAUGGCUGAGCUGAAUUCUAUCAUAGGGCAACAGCAACAACAAGGCCUUCAACAAUUGCUUCAACAAAUUCAUGCCCAACAACUGCCACACGGAGCCCACGGGCCCGGUCUCCCGAUGGGUCCCCAUCCCGGUCUCCCUGGCAUGGGCCCGGCUGGUCUGCUAGGAUUCGGCGCUGGUCUCGCCGCUGGAGUUCCGGGAGCGCCGGGAGGACCUCAUCCUGCCGUCGCCGGUGCGGCGCAUCCCAUGCUGAAGCCGGCCGAUAUGCACGCUAGGGAUCCCCAAGAUCUCAAAAGGCCUAGCAGCACAAAUGCCGAAGAAAGACUGAACUCCGUUUCACCUGGUGAUAGAGACAAAUAUAGGUCAAGAUCUCCCACAGAAGUCGAUACUGUGAAACGAAGAAAAGAAGACAAAUUAGGUCAUGAAAGUGAUGGAGAAAAAAGUGAUCAAGACUUAGUUGUGGACGUAGCCAAUGAGGAAGCAGCAUCGCCCCAUACGAAUGGAGAACACGUAACGUUAGGAAAUUCCAGUGAAAUUAGAGAAAAUGGCAGUACCAAUGGUGAUAAAAUCAAAGUCGAAAGACCUCCUAGUAGAAGCGGCUCAUCAUCUUCGAGGAGUACCCCAUCUUUAAAAAGCAAAGACGAAAAACCCCUCACCCCCGGAUCGAAACAACGCUCCACGACACCUAAUCUCGGAGCAGGACCAGCUCCAACUGCCAAAGUGGGUCAUGCAGGUCAGUACCCGCCCUAUCCUCUUGGAGCUGCUAGAGGACCAGAGCAUUUAAGUCCGUACAACAACGUCGCCCCUUCGCCCUACAGUCGACCCGCAAUAUUAGGAUACGAUGGACACCCCCACACGAGAGCACCCGGAAUAGCAACGAAUGGUAUGGGCGCAAUACCUGGAGGAAAACCGGCCUAUUCUUUUCACAUGAACGGCGAAGGCCAACUUCAACCAGUACCAUUUCCGACGGAUGCUCUAAUAGGUCCGGGGAUACCCAGACACGCACGUCAAAUCAAUACCCUUAGUCAUGGCGAAGUUGUUUGUGCAGUGACUAUUUCCAACCCAACCAAAUAUGUAUAUACCGGCGGAAAAGGAUGUGUCAAAGUUUGGGACAUCAGCCAACCUGGAUCAAAGAGUCCUGUUUCUCAAUUGGACUGUUUACAACGAGACAAUUACAUUAGGUCGGUAAAACUACUGCCCGACGGCAGGACAUUAAUUGUAGGAGGAGAAGCUUCUAAUUUAUCAAUAUGGGACCUAGCUAGUCCUACACCUAGAAUAAAAGCCGAAUUGACAUCUAGCGCACCGGCGUGUUAUGCCCUGGCUAUUAGUCCGGACUCCAAAGUGUGUUUCAGUUGUUGUUCGGAUGGGCAUAUAGCAGUAUGGGACUUACAUAAUCAGACGCUGGUGCGACAGUUCCAAGGACACACAGACGGCGCGUCUUGUAUAGAUAUUUCUUCGGAUGGUACCAAGUUAUGGACAGGAGGACUGGAUAAUACGGUUCGCAGUUGGGAUCUUCGAGAAGGCAAGCAACUACAGCAACACGACUUCAGUUCUCAGAUCUUCUCUUUGGGAUAUUGUCCCACGGGAGAAUGGCUGGCAGUCGGGAUGGAGAAUUCUCACGUCGAAGUGUUGCACGCUACGAAAGCAGACAAAUAUCAAUUGCAUUUACAUGAGAGCUGUGUACUUAGUUUGAGAUUCGCAACGUGUGGCAAAUGGUUCGUUUCCACCGGUAAAGAUAAUUUACUGAAUGCUUGGAGGACGCCAUAUGGAGCCAGUAUAUUCCAAUCCAAAGAAUCCUCAAGUGUUCUGAGUUGUGACAUCUCCACUGACGACAAAUACAUAGUAACAGGAUCUGGAGACAAGAAGGCGACAGUGUACGAAGUGAUAUACUAAAAGUGCGCGCGUUUGUAAAAAUAUACACAAAAACUUUUACCAUGUGACUUAAGCGUCUUUGACUAUAUUAAUUUUUGCAUUCUAUUGUACAUAAAAGAUUGUAGAUGUUUACUACAGAGGGCGUAACUGUUUAUCGUUUUCAGCUUCUGUCAAAAUUUCACUAUUUAUCGAGUACUUUCCUGUACUUUGACACCCUGUACAUUUUUCUAGAUAGCUGAGCAAAGAGGGACAUUUUUAAUUUAUGUUUUUUUUUAUCUAGGGCAAGCCUCAAUGCGAUAAAUACAGUGUGUACCAAAACUAGGAAAUCUCUUGGCAGAUACGAAAUUUUGGAACAAUCUGUAUAUUUGUUAUUUGUUUUACAAAAAUCUGACAUAUUGUUAAAACGUGUGUGUGAAUUAGAUGUCAAUGAAUUAAAUAAAAAAACAUGGCACCAGUGAUUCAAAUUCAAAUACUUAACAAUUUAGAACUUUUCAUUGGUUUCUCGAUGUUAUUACGAAACAGAAGAUUACGUAGCAUAUUUUUCGUAAUUAAAUAAAAUUAUAUAAUUACAACAGAAA